UUUAGUAGCCACUGAAAAGAGAUUAGGGCGACAGCAGUGGAAGUUAAAUUGUGCUGCAUGUAAAAUGGGCGGGCUAGUCCUUAUAUUAGGUUUGGUACAGCCUAUUCCAAAAUGAAAUGGUCUGAGCUUGGACACAGUCUGUUUGCCAUGUACUUUAUUUAUAGGCAUGAGCGAUAAACUAAAACAUUUAUUUUGGAAAGAGACCUCGGUACACAGACCAGAUUUUUAAGUUGAGAAGAAUUUUUUUGUUGUUGUUGCUGACAGACUAAGAUAGUUCAACUCACUACAGCACCACCAAUGAACAGUGAGAGAGACCUGCGCAUAUCGUCAGCAGCCGCUUCUCCAGCCCCAAGCUAAAAUUCGUCAGAUCUGAGAUCACAGAGGAUUUUUGUCAUUCAGUCCGGCAAGAAAAGAUAUUCUCAAAAGUUUGAGGAUAUAGCCAGCGGACACCGAAUAUAUCCCGACUCAUCUGCUCAGUGAAAGGUCCUCAUAUUGCAACGAUGUGUGGACGGAGCAGGACGGCCUUUCUCUUUCUGUGGGCUGGCUUGCUUGUCGCCAACAGCGUACUGGGUGGGAAAAGCUCUGGGCAGAACGGCAUGACAGAUGAACAGAAAGAUAACACUACAGUGUUCACGAAGAUCUUAGACAGUCUUCUGGAUGGCUAUGACAAUCGCCUCAGGCCAGGACUAGGAGAGCGUGUAACCGAAGUCAAGACUGACAUUUUCGUGACUAGUAUUGGACCCGUUUCGGACCAUGAAAUGGAGUACACCAUCGAUGUCUUCUUCAGACAGAGCUGGAAGGAUGAACGGUUAAAGUUUAAAGGACCCAUGGCCGUGCUGCGUCUCAACAACCUGAUGGCCAGCAAGAUCUGGACCCCCGACACCUUCUUCCACAAUGGCAAGAAGUCGGUGGCUCACAACAUGACCAUGCCGAACAAGCUGCUGCGAAUUACAGAGGAAGGCACACUGCUGUACACCAUGAGGCUUACAGUAAGAGCAGAAUGCCCCAUGCACCUGGAGGACUUCCCGAUGGAUGCCCAUGCUUGUCCACUGAAGUUUGGCAGCUAUGCCUACACUCAAGCAGAGGUGGUGUAUGUGUGGACCAGAGGGGCUGCCCAAUCCGUGGUGGUGGCAGAGGAUGGCUCCAGAUUAAACCAGUACGAUCUGAUGGGGCAGAGUGUGGAUUCCGGUGUGGUGCAGUCCAGCACAGGAGAGUAUGUCGUGAUGACAACCCACUUCCACCUGAAGAGAAAAAUUGGUUACUUUGUGAUCCAGACAUAUCUACCUUGCAUCAUGACAGUCAUCCUCUCCCAAGUGUCUUUCUGGCUCAACAGAGAGUCCGUCCCUGCCAGGACUGUCUUUGGAGUGACCACUGUCCUGACCAUGACCACACUCAGUAUCAGUGCCAGGAACUCUCUCCCUAAAGUGGCCUAUGCCACAGCUAUGGACUGGUUCAUCGCAGUCUGCUAUGCCUUCGUCUUCUCGGCCCUCAUUGAGUUUGCCACAGUCAACUACUUCACCAAGAGGGGUUACGCCUGGGAUGGAAAAAGUGUUGUGCCAGAGAAGCAAAAGAAGAAGAAGGAGUCCCUCCUCAAGAAGAACAACACUACAGCCUACCCAGCUGCAACUGCUACAGCCUUCGCCCCCAAUAUUGCCAGGGACCCUGGAUUGGCCACUAUUGCCAAAAGCGCCCCAGCACCCCCAACUGAGCCUAAGGAGGAGCCAAAGCCCAAGCCUCCAGAGGCCAAGAAGACCUUUAACAGUGUGAGCAAGAUAGACAGGAUUGCCAGAAUAGCCUUCCCGCUGCUCUUUGGAACCUUUAACCUGGUCUACUGGGCAACCUACUUGAAUAAGAAGCCCAAAUUGCAGGGGAUGGAUCCACACUAAUCCAUGUUUCAUUCCUUUAAAAUUAUACCUGUCUAUUUUUUUUUUUUCAUUUCCUUUCUUAUUCCUCCUAAAACAGGUGUUUCUUUUUAUUUUCAGACAAACAUGGUGUCCAUGCUGGUUUGAACUCCCAGUUGUUGCAUUGCUUCUAUGUUUACCUAAAGUUUGAAGAUUUUGAAAAAAAAAAAUAGAGAAAAAAAGAAAGAUAGCUAUACAGACUUUUGAAAGGAUGUUGUUCAGGUCUCGGGUGAUGCUACUAAGAAAAUGCUACUAUAAAUAUAUAGCCAAGAGAAUGCUAUUCUACAACUCCACAUAGCCCAAACCUGUUCAUGGGCUUUUAUUUGUUUUCUUAUUUUUAUUUUGUUUCUAUUUUAAUUAAACAUGGAAUCACAGACACGGUAAAGGGCACUUGUGUAUAUGCAUGGGAAGGGCAUCUUCUUAUUUGUUUAUUUAUUCAAAAUACAGAUCCACACUGACUGCACAUAGCUUAGUUUAUUUGAUAUCAGCAGCAUCAAUGCUAUGCUCAUUCUUUGUCAAGUUUUAAAUUCUUUGUAGAUGUUUUACGAGAUUAAUUAUGUCAUUCUUGAAAAUACUUUAGGGUUUCUGCAAUAGCAAUAAAACAUGUCUCACACCAUUUAUUUAGAGAUAAAAAAAAUAAAAAAAUGAAACCAUAUCUGUGCUCAGCAUUUAAAAUAUUAUUAUUUUUCUUUCACAGCAUUGUAUAUAUUAUCAAGAGUUAGAGAUGUCAAUAUUAUGUUUAAGCUUUGCAAAGUGUAACUAAAGGGUAUGUUUAUUGAAUACAUGGAGAAGAUAACCUUUUUAUUUAAUUUGGUUUUGUUUUGGUUGAUGAUACUUUCUACCAAAAGAGUAUAUACUGGUCUAAUUCACGCUUAAGUGACUGUUCGCGUUCCAUUCAAAGCUGCUUUCACACUGAAGUAAAAUAUUAUUCAACUGUGUUUGUGUACACACUGACGGCAACAACAGCAACAACAUUCAACAGUGUAAGAUUGGUUAGUUAUGAGUAAGAAUGUAAACAUCAUCUGGAAUGCUGGAGUGCAUUUGACAUUUAGAAUUAAAUCACACAUUAUUUACUUCUUUUGUUUCUUCUAUUUAUGGAGGGACCAAAACGCCAUUUAUAGCAAAGUGCAGUAGGCAUCGCUUAAAGAUGGGCGGGGCACAUUGAGAAGGAGGAGAAGUGCCUUUUUUAAUUUUCAGAGUUGAAGCUGUGAUGGCUACUGCUUUGUUGAUUGAUGGCACAUCUGUAUUUUCCAUCCCACUGUGCCCCCUGACCCUGUUUAGUCCCCAUCUCCUUUCUGUUGAAAAUUGAGACACAACACUCAGAAAGUACCAGCUACACUGCCUUCAGUAUCACAUGCCCGUUCGGACUCAUUUGUUGCUGCUUGUUGGUGAGCAACAGCGAGAGACAGGGACAGAGACAGAAAGAGACAAAGAGAGAAAGGAAACGGUGAGUUGAAGUGGCACUGUAGUCUUGCUUUAGCCGGCGUCUUGUAGUUUCACGAUAGCGACGGAGAUGAAUAUAUUUUUGUAGCAUGAUGUCAAUCCCUCUUCCGAAAAAAACCCAACAGCAACUAACGCAAAUGUGAAAAAAAAAUGCUUUUGUUUUGUCUUGAACAUUGCUUGCUCUUUUUUUCUUUUAACUUAUUAAAAAAAAAAACAAUUUAAGGACAUGCUUCUUCUCUCAUGUGGCACGUUUAGGUUUCGGAACAGUCCAUUUUAAAUUAUGUUAAUGUAGCAAUAUUAAUUAGCAAGGGCUUUUCUUAGGACCUGAACCUGACACUCAGUCUGGGGCUGAUAACCAUUGUAGCUUGACACUGACCCCUUUGUAGUUUCAGCGAUAUACAUGGAAAUCUAGGAAUUAUUUAGAUUUGGUCAAAGAUAACAGCCAUCGCAUUGUGUGUCCAUCUUGGAUUCCGAAGCCUUGGUCUUGUAUUGCAUCAUGGGUGCUGGGUCUGCUUAUUUGAAUAUGUUUUACAGGGCACUGAACAGGUUGAAUGACAUUUAAGAACCCUGCAGAAAUCUCUGAGUGUUAGUGCGCUGGGGUGAAUAGAUCAUGCUAUCACCUGAGAAAUAUGGAAAAAGAGACCGCUGGUUGUUGCUAUUGUUAUUGUUUGCAUUAUCAUUAUGACCAAUGCUUAACCUAUCCCCUAAUGCAAGUCUACUGUUAACAGCCACUUAACCUACAAGCAGAGGGUCAAAGAACUGCAAAGUUCAGGAUGAAGGGUUGUAUAAAGAUAUUUGAAUUCUAAACUAGUGUAUGUAUGUUUAUUAUCAUGAAGAAAAAAUAUAUAUACAUAUGUAAAAUACAUAAUGCAUACAGUAUUUGAUUAUAUUAAUGAAGUUAUUAGCUAAGAUGACAAUUAAUAUUGUUUGUAUUAUCAACCUAUUCUUAUGCAUUUUGCACAUUUAGAAGAACAAUAACAUUACAUUUAUGUAGUCAGCUUUGUGCUAUGCAAGGGCAGCUUUGAACCACAUCAUUGACCUUCUCUCCCUGUCCAUUGUGUUUUAGAUUUACAAGCUAUUAGAAAAAAAAGAAAUGAAAAUAAGCUUAGCUUUGACAUCAGUUGCUCACCCACUAGCUUUUUCUUCUUUCAACCAUGGCUAUACAGGGUGACAUCAAAGAAAACAGUGGAUUAUCUCUUUUGUUUGCGCUUUGGAUUUGUCGGUGGUUGAAGGGAAAAUGGCUUUUAUUGUUGAUUGCACUUUUUCUCGGGAGACAUGCAAUAAAGUGAUUGAACUGAAAAAAAACAGGAGCAAAACUGUAACAAGAUCAACUUGUUAAUAAUAUUCUGUUCUUUUCUUGAGCUUGUUUGUCAUUACAAAAAUGGAGGCAGGUGAAUAUGUUACUUUGCGAAAUGGAUCGUUUUGUUUAUCUUUUGCUUUCCAAAGCUCAAUGAUAUUACAGGGUGCGCAAGAGAGUUUGACUUUGACAGAGUAAGUAAAUUUUGUAAACUUUUCAGUUUGGAAAAUCUUUGCUAAGCCCCUUUCUUGUACUCCAAGCAGGAUCAAACAAAUGCUAUAAACCAUAACACAUAUUUUUGAGCCAGGUCUGGUUUUGCUACAUUUAAUGCUCCAGAAAGAGAAUGUGAAAUGUGAGGCACGGUGCAAUCACGAGCUUCCAACUUUUACCUUCACAUUCAUAUGCAGAGCAUACAUGUAAAUAUCACAUUUGUAGGCCCAUCCAUCAUUUCUUUCAUUAUGUUUGAUGCAAGGUCCAUUGCAGUUCUCAGCAGCACUUGCUUUUCAACAUUGAGUCUUUGGUUAUUCCUAGAUACCUACUGGAGUUUUUCUUGUAUUUUUAUCAAGCAAAAUAUGUUCUGAUUUUCACUGAAAUGUAAAAAAAAACAACUAAUUUUCUAAAGCACAAAAGUUGAUUAGGGUAAGAGAAACUAGAGUGAGACUGUCUACAUAUGGACAUCGACAAACACACGUUCAAAACACACGCAAACACACAUAGCCACAUACAUACACAGGAAUGUGUUGAUAGUCCAAUGAUACUGGGUUCUAAUGGAUGUAGAAAUGGUGAACCUUCUGUAAAUGUUUUCUUUUGUUUCUUUUGGUUAUGAUAUGGCCCUGUAGAAUCUGAUUCUCUGCAUUAGUCUUUAAAUAAAAAGAAAACAACUGAAA